AUGGAUGCAUGCUCAGAGUCUCGGCAGAGGAAAGAUGGCGCCUUCCACUUCCCUGUGUUCCACAGGAAGCACCCGUGUGUUGACGAAGACCCAUCGACGAUCCACGCAGCAAGCGUAUCAGACGCAGGCACCGUGAUUGGGAACGACAAGAUCCAUCAAGGCAAGUACUUCAUGGCCAUCAGGCUGGGCACCCCUGCCGUCUUCAACCUCGUCACCAUCGACACCGGCUCCACCCUCUCCUGGGUCAACUGCAAGAGGUGUCGGAUACGGUGCCACGAGCAGGCGGCCCGAAGCUGGCCCCAAGCUGGACCCUCACCGCUCCGCCACGCCGACAACGGCGUCCCCUACGGCUGCGUCGACGAGACGGACACCUGCCUCUACGGCCUGCGCUACGGGUCGCAGUACUCGGCGGGGAAGCUCGGGAGGGACAGGCUCGCCCUGGGCGACAACUACACCAUCGUCGACGACUUCGUCUUCGGGUGCAGCGAGGACGACAUGUUCUACGGCCUCGAGGCGGGCGUCAUCGGCCUCGGCGACAAGCGUUACUCCUUCUUCAACCAGAUGGCACGGCUGACGACCUACAACGCCUUCGCCUACUGCUUUCCCGGCGACCACCGCGCCGAGGGGGGGUACGGGCGUAGGCAGCACGUCUACUCGGUUCUGCUGCUGGGCAUCGCCGUCGACGGGAAGCCUCUGGAGGUCGACGGGCGCCAGAUCCUGGUGGUCGACUCUGGGACCGAUGACACCUUCGUCUCGUCCUCAGUUUUUUAUGCUCUCGCCGAGGCGAUAGCGUCGGCGAUGCAAGAUAAGGCGUAUUACCGUGAGUACGGUCGGAAGGUCUGCUUCAGGCCUGCCGGCGGCGAGCCGGUGAACUGGAGGAGCUUGCCGACGGUGCAGAUGCAGCUCCUAAGGGCUACGCUGGAACUGCCGCCGGAGAAUGUGUUCCAUCAGCAGUCAACUGAUCGCAUAUGUUUGGCGUUCCAGUCGAAUGACGCUGCUGGCGUGCCGGAUGUUCAGAUUCUAGGGAACAAAGCCCUGAGACCUUUCAGGGUUGUCUAUGAUCUGCAGAAGAUGACCUUUGGCUUCCAAGCCCGGGCGUGUUGA